UUCCCAAAACCCAGGUGAACCAAUUCAGUGGUUCCUGCCGCUAACUGCAGCAUGGAGUCGUCCCGGGGGCGGCCUGGGCCCGAGGCGGACCUUCUGGCUCUGGGGGAACAGCAAGCCACAAUGUUCAGUGGGGGGCCGGGCCGAACGCCCUCUGAGUCGUCCUCAGGCCUCCGGGUGUCCGGGGAGGAAGAGGCCGAGAACGUUGGAGGCUCCAGCCGCCACCCUAGGGUGUCCCUUAAGACUUCGAGCUGCAGCGUCGCCCACCGGCCAGAACGGGAGGUUCGGGAGAACGAACCCGGCCGGGGAGGGACGCCGUCUGGGGUCGGGAGCCGCGGGGAGACGACCCGUCCAGAACACGGCGCGCACGAGUCCUCUCGGAGUAAGGAACCUGAGGAAAAACCCCUGGAGGAAAAGCCUGCACCCGAGCGGGUCGGCCGUCGAGGGAGCCCGGGAGGCGUGGGGAUGGAUGUUGAGCUGGAGAAGGAAGACGACGAGGAGGCGGGGGCGGUCGGCAGGGCUGGCCGAUCGUUCUCCAGCCGCCUUCAGGACAGCCGCAGCCUGGACGGACUGAGUGGGGCGUGUGGUGGCUCCGGGUCCACCGGGGCUGCUGAGCCUGGCGCCGGCGGUGGGCGUCGCGCCACCAUCUCCAGCCCCCUGGAGCUCGAGGGUACGGUGAGCCGCCAUGGCGACCUCACCCACUUCGUUGCCAACAACCUGCAACUCAAAAUUCGUCUGAGCGCUACCCCUCAACCUCUGCCUCCUGCCCCUGCGCGGCCCUGUUCAGCACCUCCACCCACUCCAGCUAUUCCCCCCAUCGAUCCCGACGUGCUGCGGGACCUGGAACGGCUGAGUCGGGAGCUGGGUGGCCGGGUGGACCGUCUGCUGCGAGGGCUGGGUGGUGCGGUACAGGAGCUGACAGCGUUGAGUGUGGGCUGCAUCCAGACCUACCGUGAUGCCGUGGACUCCCUAGGCGAAGCGGUGGACAUGAGCAUCAAGGGCAUGUACACCCUGCUAGCGCGCUGCGAGGAGCUAGAGAGGGCGCUGCAGCCGGUUCAGGGGCUGGCACGCCAAGUUCGGGAUAUCAGACGCACCCUGGAAGUGUUGGAGGCCCUGUGCAAGUGACCAGGAGUGCAAGGGAUGCCUGGCCAACCAGGCCAGAGGCCACCAGAACCCUGAGGAUUCUUCAAGAAGCCCUGAUGGGAACUGCCAGCUGAGGGGAAGCCUGGAUGUUGGAGGCUCUUCCAGAUGAAUUUAGCAGGCCCGCCCCCCCACCCCCCUCUGGAUUUUUGUUGCCGGUGUAUACGGGGAAAAUCUAUACUUUCUUCUAGUGGGAACGGAUGAUGCUCUGCUUCUGUUAGUUAGCGUCUGUAGCUACCUUGUUUUCCUCAACUUUCUUCCCUAACUAAAGCAUCAUCACUGAGAACCCAGGGUUUUAGGUCUCGACUUGGAGGAUAUUAUUGCUCUGUGUGACCAAGGAAAUAGAACAGAAGAGACCCCAUCCUCCACUGUGGCCAUCCUGACUCUAGUGGCUACAUCUCAGGUGCCAAGGGCUGUGGAAAAUUGAGUGGCCCUUAGAACAUAUCAUUCAAAAGAGGAUGCACACCUGCGGGUGGAUAACCUGCUUCCUGCGCUCUGGCCUCCUGCCAUUUCCCUUUCCCAGUAAGAAUGGAAUGAAGCUAGGAGGAAUGCACUGCAUGAUGCAGGGGGGUGAGUUGGGAGGGAUUUCUCUGCUCUCAGGGUUCAGGUAGAAUUGUUGCUGGUUUUGAAGCCCACCUGUUGUGGAGUGUUCUAAACAGUUUUGACUUUCUGAGUUUUUGUGGAAUUAAAGUGCUGCUGCUGCUAAGGCUGAGGCUGAGUCUGUAUGGGGUUAGGGAUUGAUGAGCCAAAGGAAUGGGAGUGAGUCUUGCUCUUUUCCCGUGGAACUUCCCUUGGGACUGGUGCUGGGAGUGGAGUGGGGUGGAUAUGUUUCUUGUUUUGGGGCAGUGGAUCUUAAGGGAAAUGCACAUCACAGAAAUAGGCUCAGAGAACCAAAGAAAAAAACUGAAGAAAUUCUCCAAAAAAGGAAGGGAAAAGGUUCUAUUAGGUCCUGAAGUGGAUAAGCAGGUGCAGGGCAAAUAGAACACCUUGGUUUUGUAGGGAAACUGGGAACCCUCCUUAGUUCCAUUCUUGACUCCAUUUUCCACAUUCCUUUAACCAGUGUUUUAUGUCUGUUUUGAUACAUUGUUAUAACCUCGGCUGCCUUCUAUUUACGUUCAAAUAAUAAAUUCC